AUGCCAAUGCCGACCCCCGCGCGCCGGUAUUCUGGCAUGACGCCACAGAUGCAUGCCCUGACGAAGGAUGAUGCCAAUGGUGUUGCUUUACGGGAGCUCUUGGGAGAGCCCAACUUGUGCCUCUACGCUGCAUGGGGAGAUCCCCUGGCAGUGGCCAAGCAUAUCGCCGAUGCACCGGAGGAGGAAGCGAAAGAAGUUCAGAAGGCCAUCGUGUCGCUUGGCCGGUUCACAGUGGCAGACCGACUGCGGCUGAUGCCGCCGCAUUUGCAGAGCGAGGUGAUGCGUCGUGGGCCACUGGACAGUCGGAGUCCAACAUCUAUGUUGCUGAGCCGCAUGAAGCAGGCCCUUGAAGCGGAUCGGAAUGGAGAACUUCAUCGAGGAGCUGUGGCCCCUGAUGCAGGGAUGCGGCCGGUGAAGCAGACGACCAAAAACGCCAUUGAGGCUUUGAUCAGCGACUUUGGACUCAGCCCCGGCUGUUCCUGGAUGCUUCGCUCCUUAACGCCGGACAAGCAAAAGCUGGCGGCCAAGAUCGACCCCACGGGUCAAGCUGAUCCAUCUGGGUAUGUUGCGGAGGAAUUGAAGAAAAUUGUAUGA